CAAAAUGUUUCUUUGUCAACAAAGCAGACGUGUUACUUACGAAUUGGUGUUUUAUUACUGCGAUUAAGAAUUGCCGUCAUUAGUAUUCUAACAAAUUCCGAAGAUAAGUUUAAAUAAAAUUAGUAAUUUGAUAUAGGAAUAAGCUUUAUUAUGGGUUUGACAAUUUCAAGUUUGUUGACACGUCUCUUUGGCAAAAAACAGAUGCGCAUUUUAAUGGUUGGUUUAGAUGCUGCAGGCAAAACAACAAUACUUUACAAAUUAAAACUGGGAGAAAUUGUAACAACUAUUCCAACAAUCGGAUUUAACGUGGAAACCGUAGAAUACAAAAAUAUAUGCUUCACUGUUUGGGAUGUUGGUGGUCAAGACAAAAUUCGACCUUUAUGGCGUCAUUACUUCCAAAAUACUCAAGGACUUAUCUUUGUAGUUGACUCCAAUGAUAGAGACCGCAUUACCGAAGCAGAAAGAGAACUUCAAAACAUGUUGCAAGAAGAUGAAUUACGUGAUGCAGUAUUGUUGGUAUUUGCCAAUAAACAAGAUUUACCAAAUGCUAUGAGUGCAGCUGAACUUACCGAUAAAUUGCGUUUGAAUCAGUUAAGGCAACGUCAUUGGUACAUUCAAGCAACAUGUGCAACACAAGGCCAUGGACUAUAUGAAGGACUGGAUUGGUUGUCAGCCGAAUUAGCCAAGAAAUGAUAAACUAAAAUGAAUUCAAGGAAAAUUUUCAACAUAUUUCGCUAAACAGUAAUUUUGAAAUAUUUAAUACAAUAUAAUGUUUUUAUAUAUGUAUUUGUAAUACACAGAUAAAACAAAAUCU